AUGACGACAUCUUCUGUUCAUAGCCUCACUGAUAGCGAGGCUGAUGAGCAACAAAAACACUCUGAGCCGCAAAUCCAGUCAUCUUUGGAUACUGGGAUCACUCAUCCUGGCAUUUCAUCACCAAAUAUGCAUUAUGCAUCACCUGCCCUUGGACUUGGAAAUGCUAUGGCACAAACAGCUUACCCAUAUCGAGAUCCUUACUACCGAAGUAUCUUUGCUCCCUAUGAUGCACAGCCUUAUCCUUCACAACCUUAUCCAUCCCAACCUAUGGUCCACCUUCAGUUGAUGGGAAUUCAGCAAGCCAGUGUUCCGUUGCCUUCUGAUGCUGUUGAGGAGCCUGUCUUUGUCAAUGCAAAACAAUACCAUGGCAUAAUGCGACGUCGGCAAUCCCGCGCAAAAGCUGAGUCAGAGAAUAAAGCUGCCAAGUCUCGGAAGCCCUACUUGCAUGAAUCUCGACAUUUGCAUGCAUUGAAAAGAGCUCGGGGAAUGGGGGGUCGUUUUCAGAAGAAGAGUGAGAACCAGCAGAAAGAGAUGGAUUCAGGGGAUAAAUCGGCCAACAUCAAUCUAAACCUGGAAAAAAAUUAUCUCGCUUCCUCAGAAAGUGCCUCGUGA